GCACGGCAGAGGGCCACACAAUCUCAAGUUGAAGCAGCACCUUUGCCAGUCGACCCCCUCCAUCUUGAAACACAGCAUCAGCAUUUCUCCUCUCGUCGCCUCUAGUCAGCCGGUGGUCAUGGCUCGCGCCGCGUGCUUUUUCGCUCGCCGGUUACUUCAGGACUUGACCGCGCAGUGAAGCAGACGUACACCGGUGGAUUUAUGGUCCGUAGAGUAGCGCGUUGCACACGAAGGAAAUUUGUGGAAGUUUGAGCAGCCGGAGGAUGCAGGGGACGUGUUGGUGCGCGGCGUUCCUCCUCACGCCUGCACUUUACCUGAUUUCAAGCGUGCACUCCACACAUUCAGAGGUCGUCAAAUCCGGAAGCCCCAAAUCUUCUCUCAAACAUGUACGGACAGAAAGCAGUAAGGACAUGUCCAUAAGUAGGCUGUUGUUACAGACUCUGCACGUCAAGGAGAACAACACGGCGCUGGAUCUUCGUUACGAUACCCCGGAGCCCUAUUCGGAGCAAGAUCUGUGGGAAUGGUUGAGGAACUCCACGGAGCUACAGGAGUCACGGCCUCGGGCUAAAAGGCGGCCCAUGGUCAAAACCGGGAAGUUUAAAAAGAUGUUCGGCUGGGGGGACUUCCACUCCAAUAUAAAGACGGUCAAACUCAACCUGCUGAUCACCGGCAAGAUCGUCGAUCACGGCAACGGCACGUUCAGCGUCUAUUUUCGCCACAACUCUACGGGCCAGGGCAACGUAUCGGUCAGUUUGGUCCCUCCGACGAAGAUCGUGGAGUUCGACGUCAUGGCGCAGCAGUCGGUCAUCGACGCCAAAGACUCCAAGUCCUUCAAUUGCCGUAUCGAGUACGAGAAGGUGGAGAAGGGUGCCAAAAACACACUUUGCAAUUUCGACCCGUCCAAGACGUGUUACCAGGAACAAACGCAGAGUCACGUUUCCUGGCUUUGCUCCAAACCUUUUAAAGUCAUCUGCAUCUUCAUUUCCUUCUAUAGCACUGACUACAAAUUGGUGCAGAAAGUUUGUCCGGACUACAACUACCAUAGUGACACUCCUUAUUUCCCAUCUGGCUGAUACUGUAUUUUCAAAUGCAAGAGAAAUGUGUGUUGAGUUUCUAACUUCUGGCAAGAAAUGAACUUUACUGUGACGGGCUAAAUAUGUCAAAAGCUAACAAUACUGAGCCUGUUUUAUUGAAUGAGGAUUAUUUGAUGUAUUGGCGGAUGGAUUUAUCAAUUGGUUAACUGACUGAUUAGAAAACAGAAUAAGAUGGUCGUUUGUGAACAAACCACUGAGGUCCAAUAUACAAUGUUUUUAGAAUCUUGUCAAAUUAGAUUAUUACGUCAAUGUGUUUGUUCAUUCCUGCAACACUCUUAUGAUCAAAUCCCCAUUUAAAAAAAAAAAAAAUUCCGUUGUAUGGUUAAAGGUAAAGUUUGUAGUUCAUUUAUUCACUGCCAGCCAUUUUCAUAGCGACCAAGCCACGUUGGACAGUCAUUUGGCAGCAUUUCGACCGAUUUUUGAAGACCCGCCCUCACAAUAUUCUAAGAAUAAUAUUUUCUUUCAAGAGUGAGCUGACCGUGACAACGGCACAAAAUGUUUUUCGUUUGUGUUCUAUGAUUUUAUGUGUACCUCAUGAAAAGAUACAGUCGAUUCUCUUCUUUCGGCCAAAAAAGAAAGCGCGAUUUGACCGCUUUCUGUUCUUUAGUAUUCAGCGGCAUCGUAGUUUGUUGUUAACUGAAAAUGCAGCCAUUUUUUCCACACACCUUUUAUUUCGAGUCUAAAACUGGGCUGAUCUCAUCACGUCGAAAGCAGCUCAUUAGAGACCGUUGAGAAAGUUGUGAAUCUUUCCGUAGAUGCAGCAGAGGUUUCGAUGGAAUCUCCGUUCCGAAAACAUUUCCUAGAGUUACAUGUUGGGUUAAACGCCAUCGAGAAGUAGCAGCUGUGACGAACGUAUAGCGUGGUCGUAGUACAGUGUGUGUCUGGAAAGAAUAGGGGGGGAUGGAAAAGUCAAGUGAGGGGAAUCUUGCUAACGGCUUGAAAACUGCAAACUUAAAAUUAGUGUGAGCACAUGUGCCCCCAGUUGUAUGGGUAACCCUGAUUUAGCAUUAACGUGACUCUGGAAGACAACCAUGCCUCAGCUUUCACUGUCUUUAGAAUGCAAAUAGUCCAAACAGAUGAUUAUGAACGCAGCAUUAGCUGACCGCAUACCAGAUUACCUGACUGGAAUCUAAUCAUCUGAUAGUUUUGGGGAGAUGAAACUCAUUCGUCGCUACAUAAUAUACAUAGAGUAUAUUAUAGAAAUGUAAUGUAUUUAAUUCUAUAUCUACGUUCUAAUUGUAAAUAGUUUCUUCUCCUGCUGCUUCUGUAUAUGCACCCCAUGACUGUCGGUGUAACUCCUUUCUUGCUUAGUCUACUAGUCCAUCCAGUUGAUGCUUGUUCUUGGUUCUUCUAUCAAAGAAAAUGAUAUUGCUGCCCUAGAUGUGAAUUUACCCGAAACAGCAAUCCUGUACAGAGCCUGUAUGGACAAAAUACACUACGGGGUGUCUGAAGAAACACUCCCAGAUUGAACUCCUUUUCAUGCACUACACUACUACAAAUAUUGAUGCUAUUAAGAAAUAAUAAUUAAAGUCCCAAUGACAUAUGGAUGUUUUUCAAGACGGGACAAUAUAUAGAAGACCUUAGGUCAGCUGUUUGGGUGCUGAUCUUUCUCAUAAAGGUCGACCGAUAUGAUAGUCGGCUAACAUACCGGGCCGAUAGAUUGGCAAAUGAAGUCAAUCUAUCAGAACAUUUGGGGGAUGAUCUUUGUUAAUUCUGGUUUUGCUCCAACUAGUGGCCAGUAUUACAAAAGGGAAAAAUUGAACCACUAAUAUAGACAUUUACUGUAUAUAACGAGUGCUUCAAUUACCUUUCAUAAUCAAACUUCUUAAAAACAAAGCGUAUUGGCCUCAAAUAUCAGCACGCAAAAUCAGCUUAAAACAUUGCAAACGGCUGAAUUUAUUUUUGCUAGAAAUCUUUAUCGGCAUCAGCCUUUAAAAAAAAUCCCGUAUUGGUCCACCCCUAAUAACCAGUGGUGUUAAUCUUACUUUAAAAAAAGUAAUUCAUUACAGUUACAAAUGACUUCUCCCAAAAAGUAAUUGAGUUAGUAACUCAGUUACUUGAAUGUAAGAGUAAUUAGUUACUUGGCAAUGUAACUGGCAUUACCUUUCAUGUUUGUUUGUUUUUUCCAUUCCAAAAAAAAAAAAACCAAAAACAUAGUAACCUUUGCUAUGUUUGGAAGUCAUUUAAUGUUGUGAAUAAACUGUUAAAGUUGUUACAAUUGCUCCCUUUAUUGCAUUAGUUCCCUUCUGUCUACUUUCGACAUGUGAACGUUUUAAACCUGUUUCAUCAUUUAAAGAUAGAUUCAACUCAAAAUGUUGCCGAUUUAAGAGUAUUUUAGAUACAAAGUUACUUAGGUUCGCUAGGAAGGUUCUCUACAACAGAGCCUUCCUGAGAAGUCUACUGCUUUAAGAUGGCGGCUAUUUACUAACGCCUAGGGUUGCCACCUGUCCCUUAAAAUAAGAAACGAUCCGAAAUUGGGAAUUAAAUGUUGCGUUACGCAUUGAACUAAUAAGGAAUAUAAAUGAAUAGAUGCAUUUCUAUGCAUUUUAGGAGUUUUUUUCUCUGCCUGUACAGCUUUGGGCGCGAGGGGGGCGUCCCGUAUUUCUUAUUUCUGAAAGGUGGCAACCCUACUAAUGCCGCCGUGUCUGUCAUUUGGCAUCUAGUUCUCUAUACAUGUGAUAUCUAUCAUGUGGGUGGAGUUUGUAGGCUACAGUCAGGUAUUAUUGGAGCCACCUAGCAUCGCGUUUGCAACGCCGUCACAACUCCCUUCCCUCCUCCCCACUCCCCGCUGUGCUCUCUCGUCUCCGUGAGUCCGUGUCUCUCGCAGACUUUUCCCGUGUCAUUCAACCAACGUCGUAACGCACGCCUUUACAUCCUCAGUAACGGUAACAGCGUUGCCAAGAUGAGAAAAGUAAUUAAUUAGAUUACUCACAACUGAAAAAAAUAACGCCGUUAUAAUCUAAUGCCGUUAUUAACAUCACUGCUAAUAACAAUAGAUUAAAUUGAUGUUGUGCCUUUUAAGGAUUCACCGAUUAAAAAAUUAAUGUGUGUUUGAUUAACAUUUCUGCCUUGGAAAAUCACCAGCACACAACCCUCAUAAGGAUAAGAGGUAGAGGGAAUGGACAGAUUAUUAAAGGGAACUUGACAUGUCAGUUCUGUAUGCUUUAUUUCAAUGUUAGCUCAUAUAUACACGUAUUGCCCCGAAUAUAAGAAGGUGUUUUUUGCAUUGAAAUAAGACUGAAAAAGCGGUGGUCGUCUUAUAUUCGCGGUCUAGACGUUAUACCCAUUCACGACGUUAGAUGGCGCCAGAUAUCAUUGAAGCGAUGUUCUGUCAUGACAGAUCUCAGCUACUCUCCAGUUUAACCAGUUUGCAUUAUUUUAUUGCAAUUUGUUUCAAGACUACAGUUAGACUUCACUUUGAUGGUUAAUGCAGUUAUUGCAAUUGUGUUGUUUUAUCACAAUAGAUUGGUUUAUUUACAUUUCAAAAACCGGAAGCCAUUUAAUUUAAGAAUGUGAUCACACUUUAGUUGACAUAUUUAAAUGUUCAGAUAUUAAGAUUUGAAUGAGGCAAAAUAACAUGCUUUUUCUCUCAACUGUAUUGUUAUAAUCAUUUGUUUCAGAGGUACUGUAAUUAUUUUUCUGUAUAAAAAUUAAUUUGGUGUUCAAAAAGUAGUUUUUUUUUCAAACUUGAGUCUUGAAAAAGAGGGGGUCGUCUUUUAAUCAGGGCCGUCUUAUAUUCGGGCCAAUACGGUAAUAUACAAGUUUUGAAAUAAUUUUUAGAUGAAAAACUAUUUCGACACGAGUCGCUAUUGUUGUUUACGUCACAAUGGUGCCGCCGUAAACGCGGAGGACAAUUAUUCGUUGCUGCGCUUCGUUUUUUUUUCGCAUUACUAACACCAGCCACCAGAGAACAAUGUCAACUCAAAAAAAAAAAAAAAAUCUCUCCUACUGGGAAGAAUUGAUAUUUUGGUGACACGUUAAUGCUGCCCUUUCCUGCGCACACAUUUUUGUAAGUUAGUCUAUGUCUUGAUUUUUCCACUCGACAAGUAGUAUUUAACAUGUUUAUGAUACCACAUAAAGGCAGCAUACAGUUGUGGUCAAAAGUUUACAUACACUUGUGAAGAACAUAAUGUCAUGGCUCUCAUGGGGUUUCUACUUACAAACUGCAAACAGUUUGCAACAGUGCAAACAAUUGUUUGCACUGUUGCUCUUGGGACCUGCAGCUGUUUUGAAAAGGCUCCAAGUGACUUUCCUGACUUGUUCAAGUCAAUGAUUCGCUUUUUCAGAUCCAUGUAUGUAUAUUUUUGACCCAGCAGAUUUGAUCACUUUUUUUGUUAACCCAUAAUAAAGUCAUAAAAGAACCAAACUUCAUGAAUGUUUUUUGUGACAAAGAAGUAUCUGUUCCAAUCACUCUAUUGGAGAAAAAUCAGAGUUGUAGAAAUAACUGGAAACUCAAGAGAGCCAUGACAUUAUGUUCUUCACAAGUGUAUGUAAACUUUUGACCACAACUGUAAGUGGGCUGACCCACCUCACCCUUUUUACACUGCUGGCCAGAAGUAUUGGCACCCCUGCAAUUCUGUCAGAUAAUGCUCAAUUUCUCCCAGAAAAUGAUUGCAAUGACAAAUGUUUGGCACUAAUAUCUUCAAUUAUUUUAUUUGCAAUGAAAAAACACAAAAGAGAAUGGGAAAAAAAUUAAAUCACUAUCAUUUUACACAAAACUCCAAAAAUGGGCCAGACAAAAGUAUUGGCACCCUUUGAAAAAUCAUGUGAUGCUUCUCUAAUUUGUGUCAUUAACAGCACCUGUUACUUGCCUGUGGCACCCAACCGGGUAUGGCAAUCACUAAAUCACCCUUGUAGCCAGUUAAAAUGGAUUAAAGUUGACUCAACCUCUGUCCUAUGUCCUUGUGUGUACCACAUUGAGCAUGGAGAAAAGAAGACCAAAAAACUCUGAGGACUUGAGAAGCAAAAUUGUGAGGAAGCAUUGGCAAUCUCAAGGCUACAAGUCCAUCUCCAAAGACCUGUAUGUUCCUGUGUCUACCGUGCGCAGUGUCAUUAAUAAGUGUAAAGCCCAUGGCACGCUGGCUAACCUCCCUACAUGUGGACAGAAAAGAAAAAUUGACGAGAGAUUUGAACGAAAGAUGGUGCGGACGAUGGAUAAAGAACCUCAAAUAACAGCCAAACAAGUUCAAACUGUCCCGCAGUCUGAGGGUACAACAGUAUCAAGCCGUACUAUCCGUUGGCGUCUGAAUGAAAAGGGACUCUAUGGUAGAAUACCCAGGAAGACCCCACUUUUGACCCAGAGACAUAUAAAAGCCAGGCUGGAGUUUGCCAAAACUUACAGUACUUGAGAAAGCCAAAAACGUUUUGGAAGAAUGUUCUCUGGUCAGAUGAGACAAACGUAGAGCUUUUUGGCAAAAGACAUAAACAUAGAGUUUUCAGGAGGGGAAAAACGAGGCCUUCAAAGAAAUGAACAGUCAAACAUGGCGAAGGUUCCCUGAUGUUUUGGGGUUGCUUUGUUGCCUCUAGCACUGGACUGCUUGACUGUGUGCAUGGCAUUAUGAAGUCUGGAGACUACCUACAAAUUUUGGAGCAUACCGUAAAGUAAAAAGCUGGGUCUCCCUUGGAGGUCAUGGUUUUUCUAGCAGGACAAUGACCCAAAACGCACUUCAAAAAGCUCUAGAAAAUGGUUUGAGAGCAAGCACUGGAGACUUGUAUAGUGGCCGGACCUGAAUCCCAUAGAGCACCUUUGGAGAGAUCUUCCAAUCUCAGAGACCUGGAGCAUUUGGCCAAAGAAGAAUGGUCUAAAAUUCCAGCAGAGCAUUGUAAGAAACUCAUUGAUGGUUGUUGGCAGUUAUUUUGUCUAAAGGUUGUGCUGCCAAGUAUGCCAAUACUUUUGUCCGGCCCGUUUUUGGAGUUUUGCAUAAAAUGAUAAUGAUGUUGGUGUUUUUUUAUUGCAAGCAAAAUCAAUGAAGAUAUUACUACCAAAGCAUUUGUAACUUCAAUCGUUUUCUGGGAGAAAUUGAGCAUUAUCUGCCAGAAUUGCAGGGGUGCCAAUACUUUUAGCCAGCAGUAUAGCUAAGACGGUUCACACUGCACGUCACGAGCACCAAACAAACCCAUGGUUGGCUGUGCCGUACGAGAGUUUGAGUUGUUCUGCCUUUGGCCAGAGACUUCUCCUGUUUGUGAAUGUGUUGUUAGGAGUUUAGGUACCUCAUCUUCCUUGAAACUGAAACCUUAAACAGGAUCAUUUAAAAUAAAUGACAGUAUUUGGAUCUGUUUGAUCUUCAUGCCAAUUUAAACUAAAAUCGGUAUACUGAUACUGACAUUUUUUUCCUAGCACAUCAAGUUUUUUUCUCCACACCUUAUGUACUCACGAUUAAUACUUGCACAAAAUUAUAAUUACAGUAAGAAAAUUGUUCGUGUUAAAUCAUCAUUGCUGCCAUGCUUGUUUAUGUCAUAUUCAUUUCUGAUUUAUAUGUGUAAUAAGCACAUUAAUGAGUUUGUUUUUAAUUUGUUUAAAAAAAAAAAAAAAAACUGGACCAGUUUUGGAUUCCUCACACCAAAAACCGAUUUGAAAUCAGCUGUCGGACAUAACACAAGGUACAAAUUGUGCUCCCCAGUGUCACUGACACCGGAGGAGUGUGUGAGGACGUGGACCAAAAAGCAGGGAAACGGAGAGGCGAAGCAAGGUGGAGGUGAACUCCAAAUGGUUUAAACGAUAAACAAAAGUCCAAAAAGCAAAGUACAACCAAACUCAAGGAGAACAACAAAAACAGGAAUCAAACUUACUUUGGGAAAAUAAAUUCAAGGGCUUGGAGGUAUGAAUAGACCUUGGGAUAGAGACUUGGAUUGACAAUGACCCAACGAGAACAGACAGUACAUGGGGAACUUAAAUACAGACAUGCGGUGCAGAGGUUGCGCUAGACUUUUUCGUUGUCUGUCAUUUUGACUGACAGGGUCAUAAAAAUCCGGUCAUAAUCUAUUUUUACCCGUCACUUAAAUUUUAAAAAUGAUAAUAAUGACAUAUUCAAUAGCAGUGUUGGUCAAAAGUGGUGCGUUACUUACUCAACUCUGAAUAAAUUGAAGAAACUACCAGCCAUGUUGUGUCUACUCUCUGCUCUGUUGAUUUGUCAUCCAAGACUCGGGGUGCGUUCAGGUUUGAGAAUAGCACACGUACUUCUGACUCCAAGCUGUUUGUCCCUGCUCAUUCAAUUAGGCUACGUUCAUACUACAGGUCUUAAUGCACAAAUCCGAUUUUUUUUUGGUCAUAUCCGUUUUUUUGGCGUGCCCGUUCAGACUGCCUUUGUCCAUUGAGACCAUUCAAGUAUUACGCAUGCGCUCUAAUUCGCAGUCCGACACGCGCCGGUGCGCAGAAGCAUCAAAACAAAUGACAAGUCAUCCGUCAUUCCAGGGCUAUCAUAUUUUGCUUUUCAAAAGGAGGACACAAAUAACAGACAUAAAUAAUCCCCGUUUAGGCUUAUAUUCACAGUUUAUAUGGAUCGAUAGCAUGCACGCACUGUCCGUGCAUGUCACACACACAUACGGGCAGUUUGCCCCGACUCUCCAAGACGGGCUGCAGCCAGACCCCUCUCCCGACUCUCGGCCGUGUAGGAAAUGUUGAAAUAUAGCUCACAUAGAGGAGAGAGAGAAAACCGAUCAUUCUCAUGCUUAUCCUCAACCCAUUUUAAUUUUUUUAUGACUGUUUGUCAAGCCCAGCCCUUCCCCAAAAGCCGUGUUCACUGCAAGCUAGGCGCUAAUAACGCACAACUGAAAUCGGAUUUCGGACACUGGACGGUACAGACAGUCUGGAAAAAUGUGGCCCAGAUCAGAUUUGAACCACAUAAAAAAAUGACCCAGAUCGGAUUUGAAAUGGUCCACUUCUAUGCGACUUGUCCCGUUCAGACCGUCAAGUUAAUGCCUGACUGGAGUCGGAAAAACACGAAAAAAUUGGAUUCGUGCAUUAAGACCUGUAGAAUGAACGCAGCCUUAGACAAUGCUCUCCAAAGCUUCCAAACGUUUCCGUGUUUGCUACACCUGAAUGCUAGUUCGGACAUUUUUCCGAGAAAGGCCAGCGACGUCAUGCAUCAAGAGAGACAAUAGCUUAUAAAUAUGCUCACUCGCCAUCCUGUGGUCUGGGGUGUGAAUUGCAACCUGUCAAAAUGACGGAUGGACUUCAGUUUUUUCCGUCACCGUUUUAAAAAAACGGUCAACGACGGAAAAUAUUCGGUUAACGCGACCCCUGGGGUAACAAGACAAUGAGACCCGAGUGGUUGAUACAAGAGGCAGCGGAUUGGUCAAGACCAGUGUUGGGCAUGUUACUUUAAAAAAGUAAUUAGUUACAUUACUCACUACUUCUUCCAAAAAGUAACUGAGUUAGUAACUGAAUUACUCUAUAGUAAAAGUAACUAGUUACCAGCUAAAGUAACUAUUUCUGUUACUUUAAAAACAACUUGUUGUAUGUCAAAGAAUUUUCUGAGCAGUAUUCGAGUCAGUGGAAUAGAGAAGAACAGACAGGUAGUUAACUUGUUAGGUGCUUCAGCAGAUUUGAAUUGCUUACCACAGAUGUCGACAAACGCUUUGCCCCGGGAGAUAAAUUACACAUUACAUGCAGGUUCUUUCCUUUAAUCUCGACAAACUUGAAAUAGUGUCUAUAUCUCCACCUCUUAAAGGACCAUUUUUCUUCUGAAUGGUCUGCCAUCCCGACCCUGUGCAUCUGUUUUGCGUGUGUGUGUUUGCCGCACCCGCUGUUCCGGUUUGCUUGUGAAAUCACCGGCUUUGAUUGGCUUACCACGACACAUGACUCUAACCCUCAGCCAAUCCCAAUCACUUCCAUCGCAUCUCUCGAGGGGCUGCAUUUAGGUAGGCUCGUUUCUGGACAAUUCACGUCACCUUCAAAGCGUCUGCCGUCCUCAAGAUGGAAGCAGAAUUAUUGCUGGCUGACAGUGGGAGAUGGGAACGAGGCUAGCAUCAGGUGUAGCAAACAGAGAAACGUUAUCAAACUUUGGAAAGCAUUGUCUAAUUGAAUGAGCAGGGACAAACAGCUUGGAGUCAAAAGUACGUGCGCGAUUCUCGAACCUGAACGCACCCCAAGUCUUGGAUGACAAAUCAACAGAGCAGAGAGUCGACUCGACACGGCUGGUAGUUUCUUCAAUUUAUUCAGAGUAAGUAACGCACCGCUUUUGACCGUCAGUAACGGUAACGGCGGAAAAAGUAAUGAGUUAGAUUACCCCGUUACUGAAAAAAUAACGCUGUUACGUAACGGCGUUAUUUAUAACGGCGUUACUCCCAACACUGGUCAAGACAUAAGGAGCAGGCCACAACAGGGGAAAUCACAAUGACCACUCACACACGAGGACACAAGCUGAAUGACAGUGACAGAGUGCAGUGUUUGUAAAUAAGACGAUAUCGCCGUUUGAAAUCAGGGAGUGUUUUUAAGGCCACCCUGUAAAAUGUAUGUAUUCCUAAUAUUUGUCUUUAUCGGAGGAAAAGUUGGAUAUGAAUAAAAUGAAUAAAACUAUAGUACAUUUUACUGUCAGACUGAUAUGUUGCUCUGUAAUAUUCAUCAUUCAUGCAUCAGGUUUGUUCAUUUACUGUUCUUUUCAAAACAAAUUCACCGUGUACUUUUUGCUCAGGAAAAUUAAAUGAUUGCUUUUCAUGAUCAUCAAUGGGCCUCUGCAUAAUUCAUUAUAGAUGAGGAUUUAGAAAUCACGCUAUCAUCUACAGCA